GCCGUCACCCACAUCCGCGCUCCGGCAGCCUCAGCCCCAGCCUCCCCCUCAGCGUCCCCGCAGAGGGAGCUGGCUCCGUUCCCGGUCACCGCCGACACCGGAGAACAGGUUCCUAAAAAUUAGCACUAUGACUGAUGGAGACUACGAUUAUCUGAUCAAGCUCCUGGCCCUUGGAGACUCUGGGGUUGGAAAAACAACGUUCCUGUACAGAUACACUGAUAACAAAUUUAAUCCCAAAUUCAUCACGACAGUGGGGAUAGAUUUUCGGGAAAAACGCGUGGUGUACAACAGCAGAGGACCAAAUGGAUCUCCAGGAAAACCCUUCAAAGUACAUCUCCAGCUCUGGGACACAGCUGGACAGGAAAGAUUUAGAAGUCUCACCACAGCGUUUUUCAGAGAUGCUAUGGGCUUUUUGCUAAUGUUUGAUCUCACCAGUCAACAGAGCUUCUUAAAUGUCAGAAACUGGAUGAGUCAACUGCAAGCCAAUGCAUAUUGUGAGAAUCCAGAUAUAGUCUUAAUUGGUAAUAAAGCUGAUUUAUCAGACCAAAGGGAGGUGAACGAAAGGCAAGCAAAAGAUCUGGCAGACAAAUAUGGCAUACCCUACUACGAAACGAGUGCUGCCACUGGCCAGAACGUGGAGAAGGCUGUGGACACGCUGCUGGACUUGAUAAUGAAACGUAUGGAGCAGUGUGUGGACAAGAGCCAGAUCCCUGACACAGCCAACAGCAGCAGCUCGGGGAAGCUGGAGCCAGCGAAACCGGAGGAGAAGAAAUGUGCCUGCUAAGCAUCACCUCUGAACUGUGAGAGCCAGCAACAGUGUUCCCCCAGAACGUGGCUGACCUACCACCAGAUUCACUUGGCUCUCCCGAGUCCUGCACAGAGGCAAAGUUACGUUGUUUUAUUGGGAUUGUGCAUAUUUCCUUUGUUUGUUGGGGUGGUUUUUUUUCUCUCCAAAGAACUGGGUUUAAAAACUAAAAGCUGUGUUUCGGUGGGGCUCUUGUGCUGAAAUGGUUCUUCUUGGUACGGUGCCAUCUUCAUGGGGAAAAAAAACCUCUCCUUCCCCACUCCUUUUUCCCCAGCCCUCAUCUUCAUUUUUCAUGUGAUCAGGAUCCUGAAGGAGAGGAGAGUAGCUUUAAUUUUUUUGUUUUAAGAGGGAAAGAACCUAUUGUCUGCCUGCACUGGAUACUGAAAUGAAAAUGCAGGUGGAUGGCUUUCUAGGCCUGUGCUGUUUUUUCCACAGUAUCCUGUUUCUUUAUCACUCCGAAUCUGCUGCAGGGACCAUGUGUUUUCCAAGGCAGAGAUACAAAAGAUUGUAUGUGGCCUAUUAAGGGAAACUUUAUCACUUGCACAGAGUAAGCAAUGCUGUGAAUCAGACCUGACUGAAUCAGUGAGACAGUGGUUCGGGGGGGGGGGGUAGGCUCUGUGUGUGUGUGUGUGUGUGUGUGUGUGUUUGUGUCUUUUGGGUUUUGGGGGCAGGAAGCAGGGCAUUUAAUUUGAAAAAAAAACCAAAAAUCAGGGAAUUGUGCAGCAUUGCUUGUAUUGCUAAUAAUCCAAGCAGGGAUUGGAGCACUAUGGGGGAAAAAGUACAGAAGGGGAUUCUAACACUAUGGGGAUAGUUUAUAACGAAGAGAAUAUAAUGUAUAGGGGCUAUAAAGAUAAACUAUAUUUUAUGAAACAGCUUCUUAGCAUUAGCAAAAAAAAAUAUUCACCCUUCCUCAACUUAAGGAAACUGUCCUUUUGCUUCUUUUCCUCUGAGCAGCUGCACGUCUCAGGCGGGAGAUGGGAAGGAGCUUGUGGCUGUUUGCACUGCCCAGAAGGGAGCUGUAAGCUUGGAGAGGGACGUGAGGACUCUCAUGUGAGUCAUGGAAGUCCAGAGUGUGUGAUUGACAGGUAGGAGCGUGGGGCAAAAGCCUGUGGGUACCUCAGGGCAGAGAGUAGAAGUGGCUCUAGAAGCUGGGGUGCUGCAGAGCAAGGCUGCUGCCAUGCAGAAAGUGUUUCCUGUGAGUGAAAGGAUGCUCUGGUGAGACAGCAAGCUGCUUGUCACAGGCAGGAAAAAGUAAAGACUAUAUUUAUAAUUGUAGAUCAUUUUCUAAACCAAGUUACAGCAUAUUUAUUAGCCUGCCCUGUCCUUUUUGGUUGUAGAAUACACGUUCUUUUUCCAUACAGGUGGUAGUUAAAGGUCUGUUUGUCUUUAUUGCAUUUUAAGCUACUAAAGUCUGUUGGUGGGGGGAAAAGGGAUCUCUUCACAAGUCGAGCUUAAUUGGCUGGGUUGGCAGGAUUGCAGGCUUCAUUUAAAUGUUUUCAGCUUCCACUGGUUGAGAACUGCGAACUCUGUGAACAGCAACCUCAUGAAAUGUUUCAGUGCUUCACAGAAUUUACCAGAUUCGCUGCUGGGGAAAAAAAAAACCAAAACAGUUUUCUCUGCCCAGCUCCUAAGAUGAUGUUUACUUGCUGAUUUGGCACGAUUGGUAUAUCCAUAGCAGCAGAUCCAUUGGGUGAGUCACCAAGUAGCUGCCAUUUCCAUGCCAGAAGUCCAACUUGCAGGCUGUAAAGAUGAUAGAAGUGAUAGGCUGGACCCACAGGCUACAUACAGUGUGUAUGAUACAACCAGGUAUAAGGCAGGUCCUUUUAUAGACUAUACACAACCUUAACACCCCCAGAGGUGGAAAAGCUGUUGUGGUAGUCAACAGGAGAAUUCCCUGCUAGCAAGCAGGCUGAUCUUCAGGGAGGUUCCUCAGUUACCUGAGAUGUGUGGUCUGGAAGCUCAGGGUUCUCUUUGUGCUGCUUUUUAACACUAGGAUAAAAAGGAAACAGUUGUAAUGUCUUGGAUUCCUGAAAGUGAUGAUCUGAGGAGCUCUCUGUCUCACUUUCAAAGAAAUGUCUGGAUUUGUACCCAUGGAACAGCAGUGAAACAGGUUGCUAAGAGGGGUAAUUUACUGACAGUCAACCAAAGCGUGUUUCCCAGAGCAGCUGCAGCAUAGCUUGUCUCAAAGCUGCUACAAAGCCAAAAGUGGCUUCAGGAGCAGACAGAUGAUUCAUGCAAAGGUGUGUAAAAUCCCAGACCUGGCACUGAUGACAAGCAUGUUGAUGAAGGUCAGUUGCUUUGACUUGUGUCUCCACCUGCAUAAACUAGCACUCUUAGAAUAGUAAUAGGAGUAAUAACAAAGAAAUGCAGCAGUGAUACCUUCCUCUAGGUCACAUCUUUCUGGGUAUCUCCUGACCUUGCACUGAGCUUCAGUGUCUGUGAAGUGUCAGAGCUUGUGAUUGUUACCAGGGAGCUCUCUCCUAUAAGGACACAGUCUUCGAAACUCUGCUGCCCAGCACUGCUUGGGAGGACUGUUUGGAGACAGGAGGGAAAUACCUGUAGUAAAAAUCCCAUUUGUUUUGUGUUUCUAUACUUGUGGAUGCAAGAAACUGAUUAUUUUUAAAAACAAAAGGAAAUCUCUGAACACUUGCGAAACUGUUACCCCAAAAGGAUUUUGAUAUCACAACUUUGGCAUAAUCAUUUUGGUUGGAAAAGCCCUUUAAGCUUACUGAGUCCAACCACUCACUACUAAUCCGUGUUCCUCAGCACCUCAGCAUCUCUCCAGGGAUGGGGACUUCACCACUACCCUGGGCAGCCUGUGCCAGUGUCUGACAACCCUCUCAGGGAAAAAGGUUUUCCCCAUCUCCAAUCUAAACCUCCCCUGGGGCAACCUGAGGCUUUUUCCUCUUGUCCUGUCACUUGUUGCUCAGGAGCAGAGACUGACCCUUUCCCCUGCCCCAGGCCACAACCUCUUGUCAGGAGUUGCCCAGAGCAAGGAAGUCUCCCCUCAGCCUCCUCUUCUCCAGGCUCAACACGCCCAUUCCCUCAGCCCCUCCCCAGCACCCUUGUGCUCCAGGCUGUGCUCCUUCCCCAGCUCCUCUGCCCGGCUCUGGCCACACUGCAGCCCCUCAGUGUCCCUCUGGCAGUGAGUGAGAGGCCCAACACUGAACACAGCACUCAAGCUGUAGCCUCACCUGAGUACAGGGGCACAAUCCCUGCCUUGGUUGUGUUGGCCAUGCUGUUGAGCACCAGUGCAGCUUGUUUUCAAGCCUCCUCAACACAUUGCACUGGGGCUCGAAAGGGAGAGAUGGGCCUAUGAUGUGCUUUAUCCAGGGUGAUACUGAAAAUUAAACAUCAGUGCAGGUAUUCAGACUCUGUGGACUUUUGUCUCGAAUUUCAGCCCAAGCACUAGUUUCUCAAGGUCUCUUCUUGUAUCCUUGUAGAAAUACCUUCUGUCAGUAUCCUUCCAGCACAGCGCUUUUGCUGCAGCCUGGGCUGUGCAGCAUGUGGAAGUUUCUUAACUGCAUUGUGCUGUGCUGGCAGAGGUGACAGUGCUCCCCCCACAACUUCUGUCAGAGGUGCAGGAUCUGAUGCUGAGAGCAAAUUUGGCUUCCUUUUCUCUUUGCACAGUUUUGCCUUCCUCAUCUCCAGCAACCAUCAGAGCCUGUGGUAUUUACCAAGGCAGUUCAAGUUACUCGGCUUCUUGUUGAAUCUGUUCCCUUAGUCCUCUUGGUGCAUCCUAUUUAACUAACAGUCUUGUCUUGUCCUUAUUGCUCACUAUAGUCUGUUCUUCUUCCUGAUCAAUUGGUGUUUUUGAACUCCCUGUUCUAAGCAUGAGUGUAAAAAUGUGCCACCCAAAGGCAUUUAAUGCACUAUGGAGAAGCAGUGCUGGAGUGGUGGCUGAGUGCUGUGAGUGCUGCUCUGAACCCCUGGUUGUGGCUCCUCCUGUUUGCCUGCAGCCAUUCACUUGCUGGGCCUUGGAGGAAGAAAUGUGUCCCUUCCAUUCCCCAAGCGUGGGACCAAAGUCUGGUGUUGUUGCUCUGUUUAUGAGCGGCCACUUUUAGUGAAUUCAGAGCCUAGGGGUGAUACUAUGAGGAGUAUCUUCUUAAGUGAGGAAACUUAUGGUUAGUGGGGAAUGUCUUUCAGCUGAUGCUGCUGCUCUUACUCUGGCAGUCAUCUGCUGGCCAGCCCUGCUACCAAGUGGGCAAGGGGAGAAGUGAGCCAGUGCCAGGGCAGUGCUGCUUUGCAUCCUCAAGAAUCAAAUAGGUUAUCUAGGGCUGAGUGGGAACUGCAGGGUGGAAGUGGCACUAAAUGUGUUUUGGGUAAGAGGAGUGCCCUGAAAUGUUUACCUUGUUGUUGUGGUUUGGCCCAGCCAGCGCAGCAGCACCACGACAGCCUCUCGCUUGGUGCCCCCAUCCACUCCCACCCUUGUUAGGAUGGCAGAGGCCCCAGGGAGAUGGGAGGAAAAAGAUCACCAAGGUUGUUGUGGAUGGAGACAAGGGCAGGGAGGGCUGGCUGCCAGUUAUGGUUCUGGGCAAAACAGCCUCCAGUGCUCGACUGAGAGAGGGAAGGAGGAAAGUUUAUUCUACAAGAAACAGAACAGAAUAGAAGCAAAAAGGGAGCAGGAUGAUAAGAAAAUUACAGUCAGAACUUUAAGAUCUCCCUCCCCAUCCCUCCUUUCUUCCCAGGCCCAACUCACUGCUCCCCAGAUCUCUACCUCCUCCCCCGACAGCGGCUCAGGGGGGCAGGGAGUGGGGGAUGUGGUCAGUCUGUCACAGAUGGGCUCUGCUGCUUCUCUCUGCUCAGAUGAGGACGACUCCUGGCAUCCUUCCCCUGCUCCAACACGGGGUUCCUGAACCAACUUCUCUGGUGUGGGUUGUUCCCAGCAGCUGCAGCUUCUGCCCACACAGGGUCCCUCACACGGGACACAGUCCUUGGUGAAUAUCUCUGGCGUGGAGUCUUAGCCACAGUUACAGUCCUUGGUGAAUAUCUCUGGCGUGGAGUCUUAGCCACAGUUACAGUUUCUGCAGAUACAGGGUCCCUUCCCUGGGACAAGGCCUCUUCUGGGCAUAAGAUUAAUGAGCUGCUUUGGCAUGGAUUCCUCCCCAUCCUGGCAGAGUCUUUAAUGAAGUGAGUCUCUGCCCCUGACACAGAGUCUUUAAUGAAAUGCAAACAAAUCUCAGCUUCACCAGGUCUCUCCAUAGACUGCAGGGGAGUCUCUGCUCCAGCACACCUCCUCCUCUCUUCCCUCUCUGACCUUGGAGUUCCCAUCAUUGCUUCUCUCUCUCUCCCUUCUCCUUGCACCACCACCAGCCAGAGGAAGAAGGGACAGAAGAAGGAAGAAACAGGAAGAAGAAGGAGAGAGAAGCCUCAUCUUCUGUCUUCUUAAAAAGUGAUGGUGGAGGUGUCUCAUUGUCUCAGCCUCAGCAGUGGGUCUGGCUCAGAGCUGGGGAGAGUUUCGAGUAACUACUUACAGGAGCCACCUUUACAGCCCCUUCCCCCUUACCAGGUGUCAAACCAUGGCACCUGUUUACCAGAGAGCCCUGCUAGAGAAGCUGCUUAUGUUUGUGUGUAAGUGCUUGGGGUCUGGAGUGUCUCUGGGUAGUAAGGAGUUUAUUGUCAGCAUAAAACAACUGGAGCUAAAAAGGUGCAGUGCACAAAAGUACCUGUGCCAGGAACAUACAGAUGGGAAGGAGCUUAUUUUUGAUAUUUUACUUCUGUCCAGCCUUGAAGGAAAUGAUUUCAUGGAGAAGGGCCAGAAGAGGCCUUUGCCACUGCACAGAGUUUAGGUGCUAAAGUCAUCGGGUCCAGGGGAGAGCACGUAGCAUGUCAUGUAUUUGAGGCUUCACAAUUGAAUUUUCUGCUUUCAUUUUCUGAAAUGGUUUUUAUCUGUGAUCAGCUGGUCCCAGGUGGGUUUUUGACCUUGUUCUAAUAGCUCACAAGCAUUUGGCCCAGGUUCAGCCAUAGCCCUGCCCUGCUCUGGCAGGUACCAAGCUGCAGUUGCAGCCCUGGGCUGCCCUUGCAGAGGGCAAGUGUUUCUCAGCCUCCUACAUCACCAUCAUGGUGGGCAGUAGGAUGAGCCUGAGCCAGUCAUGUGCACUUGUGGGCAAGAGGCCAAUGGCAUCCUGGGGUGGAUGAGAAGGGCUGUGGGCAGUAGGUCAGAGAGAUUCUACUUGCCCUCUGCUCUACCCUGGUGAGACCACAUCUGGAAUAUUGUGUCCAGUUCUGGGCUCCUCAGUUGCAGAAGGACAGGGAGCUGCUGGAGAGAGUUCAGUGCAGGGACACAAAUGUGAUGGAGUGGAGCAUCUCCCUUGUAAUGAAAGGCUGAGGGAGCUGGGGCUCUGCAGCUUGGAGAAGAGGAGACUGAGGGGUGACAUCAUCCAUAUUUACAAAUCCAUCAGGGUGGAUGUGAGGAGGCUGGAGCCAGGCUGUGCUUAGUGAUGGCCAGUGAUAGGACAAGGGGCAACGGGGACAAGCUGGAACAGAAGAGGUUCCAGAGAAACACAAGGACACACUUCUACCCUGUUGAGGUGAGGGAGCACUGGCAGGGGCUGCCCAGGUGGGCUGUGGUUCCUUCUCUGGAGACAUUCCAACCCAUCUGGAUGAGUUCCUGUGUGCCCUACUCUAGGUGGUGCUGCUCUGGCAGGGGGUUGCACUGAAUGAGCUUUCAAGAUCACUCCCAACUCUGUGAUCUCCUCUUCUAGCCAGGACACAGUGGCAGAGCAAUGUGGAGUUCAGUCCCCAGGAGUGCAACUGAAGGAAACCAUUCCUAAAUGUUUCCAUUUCUAUAACAUUUGCCUCAUGUGGCUUUCUACAGACAGCUGCAAGAGGAAAGGUACUUUCUUCUCAAAGGAGAAAAAAAAAAUGGGGGUUCUGGGUGCCUGAAACAUGUUCUUUUGUUUAAGAAAACAAAGAGGAAACAUCAGGCAGGAACAGGCAGUUUGCUGGCUGCUGGGUGGCUGAGCCUGGCAGCAAGAGUGAUGCAGCAAAAGGCAUUUGAGAGCAGCUGCCAUUUCCUUGCUGUCUUGGAAACUAUAAAAACCAAUUGCCUUAACUGUCUUCUGAGAGCUACAUCUUAUUUAACACUCUGAGUGUAUAAAGGGUUGUCAUACACACUCUCACGUUUGAGAGAGCUGGAUCAUGCAAGAAACUGUCUUAGGAGCUGUCUAAGAGGGGAUUGGGUACCUGCUCCAUCACGGCUCUUUGGGACUGGUUUUAUCUCCUGCAACUGUUUCAAUCCAUGGAUACAACUAAUGUUUUCCAGGCUAAACUUUAACAAAAUGUAUUAAAAGCCUGGAGCUGUUAUUUUGAAGCUUGUGUUCUUGGCACCAUAGCUGAAGAAGCAAGUGUAAAGGCAACCUCAAGCAAGAGCUAUUUUUAUACAGGUGUGAACACUGUAGGAGGUUCAGACCAUGCUCUGAUCUUUCUGACAAAGGAAAGGAUGAGGGAAUAAAGUCUGGUAGCUGAUGCAAAGCUGUUAAAAUUAGCACUUUUUUUCACCUUUCUGGAAGGAGACCUGGCUUUAGGGAUCUUUAAAGAGAAAGCCAAUUCUUUACAGCUUCUUUCCUGUCUUUAAGCAUAAACAUCCCCUGUAGAACAACAGACCAGACAAAACAGCCCCAGGCUGACACAGGGCAAGUUCUGUUUGGUUUUCUGUUUUUCUUAGAGGAUGCUGUUGACUUGGGACUCUUCUCUUAGAUGCUGGGCAGAUCAGUUUCUAAUUUAUCACCGUUAUUUCUGUCUAAAGUAGUUAAAGGCAAGAGAGGAAACGAUUCUUUGCUAUUGUGCUUUUGUUCCAAGUGGUUACCUAGUUGAAGCAUAACUUAGAGUUGUCCAUCCUCAUCGUGCAAUAGGGCUUCAGUGGACAAAGUGUGUACUGGAAGCAGCCUCUCUUUGUCUUACUUAUGGGAGUUAAAUGGUUCUUUGCUUUUGUUACGGUGUCUUUCACCUUCCAGAGCAACACAAAGCAUCCAGUAUCGACUCCCUCCCAGGUGUUUCCUUCUGUUACGCUGCUGUAAGCAUGGUUUAUCUUUUGUCUCCAACAGCCCUGUGCUAUGCCUACUGCUGCCAGUGUGGUUGAAACUUAUCUUGAACACCAAUAGUAUUUCUCAUUAUAGGUGCCCCUUGGUUGGCCCAAGGUGCUGGCUUACCCGUGUUAAUGUCACUCUGUUGUACCAAAGUUGUAACCGUGGCUUCGAGACAUCCUGUCAGCUGGUGCACUGGUGGCUGGGUGUGCGUAGUACAGCUGAGGAAUGUAUCCUGUGACUCAGUUUCUGCACUCUUUAUUUUCAGAAUAAAAGUAUGUUUUUAAA